AGUUCCCGCGGUGUCAUCAUUCGCAUCACCAAACAUUAAAAAAAGUUCCUACCGCAGUAUUUUAAGUGCCUUUGUUGCGCUACAAUCCCUUUUUCGCAACCUUUAACUUUCAUUAAAGAAAAUAAUACAUCAAGAGAGGAGUAAAAACCUAGGAGAAUGGCGCAAAAAGGGGAGGAGAUUUGGAAACGCCCGCUUUAUGCAUUUGACCUCCCGCAAGAAAUCCUCACAACGAUACAGCCAAAGGGGGACGCAUUAGCAAGGAGCACCGGCCUAGAAGACAAAGCAGACGAUAGGUUGACGACAGAGCAACGAUCGACUACUCAAGACGCAAGCAGAACCAAUGGUACAGAAGACGACGCACGCAAGACUUCCACCGCAACAUCUUGCGCAUUAUGUGGAGUCAGUUAUGCGACAGUGCAAGAACAGCGUGAUCACGUCCGGUCGGACUUUCACGGUUAUAAUGUGAAGCAGAAGAUCAAGGGGGCGCGGGCUGUUACGGAGACAGAAUUCGAGAAACUCGUAGAUGAUCUCAACGAGAGCAUUUCUGGCUCUGAUUCUUCCGAUUCGGACGAAGACGAGGACAACGCCAAAUCAAAGGACAACAUGCUGAUUCCACUACUCAAGAAGCAAGCAAAUAUAUCCAAUGACGAUGAGGACGAUUUCGGGCGGCCUAGGAAACGUGGCUCUGGCAAACAACCCCUUCUGUGGUUUACUUCUCCGAGCCUCCCAUCCAACACAUCAAUGGGGAUCUAUCGCGCAAUAUUCACAGACGAAGAACAGGAUGAGGAGGGUCAUAUUGUCGAUACACUACGAAAUAAGCAACUCGCGCCUAUCCCCGUACCAAAAGCAUCUUCCACCGACGAAGCUCCAGCGCCCUCUCCUCUCGACAUUCCUCACGUCUUCCUUUGCAUGACUGGCGGCGGCCACUUCGCCGCCAUGAUUGUGUCACUUGCACCAAAAGUCGGUAAGAAAGGAGGCGUCGAAGAGCGCCAGGCAACGGUCCUCGCGCACAAGACUUUCCACAGAUAUACCACGCGUCGAAAACAAGGUGGUGCACAAUCAGCAAAUGACUCUGCUAAGGGCGCCGCACACUCGGCUGGUUCAUCUCUGCGACGAUACAACGAGGCGGCACUCACGGCUGAAGUCCGUCAGUUACUCCUGGAAUGGAAAGACCUCAUUGAUACCUCGCAACUCCUCUUUAUCCGCGCGACUGGUACCACCAGCCGGCGCACCCUGUUCGGUCCUUAUGACGGGCAAAUCCUCCGCCACAAUGACCCCCGCAUUCGCGGAUUUCCAUUUAGCACUCGGCGCGCCACACAAUCCGAGCUAAUGCGGGCUUUUAUCGAGUUGACCCGCGUCAAAGUCAGCCAAGUCGACGAGGCCGCUCUGGCCGCCGCCGAAGCAGCGCAAGCCUCCAAACGACCCUCGAAGCCAUCCACCCCAAAACCCUCCAGCGGCCAAUCCACCCCCGCCAAACCAUCCAAAGAAGACGAGGACAAAGCCUUUCACACCUCCCAACUUCAAUCCCUUAUCCGCCGCCAAAAAGCCCCCGGCGUACUCUCCUACCUGUCCAAAAACUCCAUCCCCAAAGACUUUACAUUCUUUCCUGCCUCUACUCAACAAAACCACCAUGCGCCUACCCCUCUACAUCUCGCUGCAAGUGUCAACUCACCUGCCGUUGUCAUUGCGCUCUUAACCAAGUCUGAACACGACCCCACCAUCCUCAACGGCGAAGGAAAAACUCCCUUUGACCUUGCCGGUGACCGGUCUACACGCGACGCCUUCCGGGUCGCACGUCACGAACUCGGUGAAAACCGAUGGGACUGGGAAAAGUCUCGUAUUCCGCAGGCAAUGAGCAAAACCGACGCAGAUCGGCGCGAGGAGCGCGAACGGAAGCAAGCCGAUGAUGCAGAGUCCGAACGACGCCGCGUUGAAAAGGAGAGAUUAAGAAGAGAAGCCAAAGAGGCGGAGGAGAAGGAAACCGCCAGAAAGAUGGCCGGUGGAAGAGUCGUGGGCAACGGCACCAGGAUAGGUAACGGUCCAAGCGGCGGGUUAGGAAUCCUAGGACAGCUGGAAAAGACCGCAACGGAAAGGAGAGAGGAGGAAAUGAGAGGGAUGACCCCCGAGAUGAGAAUGCGCUUGGAAAGAGAACGCAGAGCACGCGCCGCUGAGGAGAGAAUUCGGAGAAUGCAGCAGCGUGGAUGAGGGUCUUGAUCUUUGAGUGUUAUGAUGUUUAUUAUAGAGUCAUGUUGAAAAGAGCAAGGAACGGUGUAGCAUACCCAUAUAUAUUCACUUAUUGUACACUGAAUAUAGAUUGAUGAAUCUCAAAACUCGCGGGCCAUGUUUGAUCCUAUUGAUCCUUGGUUAUACGAUACCAACACAGUGAAGCCUGCAUAUCUUCCCUGUAUCGUGAAUACUCUAGUUGCAGCGCGGUGGCAGC